AUGGGAAUGCUGGUGAGAGCAGCUGUGCUUAUGAGUCCUCUUCUCUUCUGCAAUGCUUUUUUGGACCUGACUGGCCUCAAUGAGAUCGAAGGUACAUGGAAGGCAUCUACCAUCUUGCCGUGUGCCUAUGUGCCUGUGAAAGACUUUGUGCAGCAAACGCUCAUGUGGACUGUGGUACACGACCAGAGCUCUGGCGCUGUUUUUCGGAGGGAUGGCUCUGGCGACCACAUUCUCCUGGCCGAGUACAGAGGCAGGGUCAGCGUCCUGAAGGAUGCCCCAGGGAACGUGUCUCUCCACAUCCUGAACCUGGAAAUCUCUGACAGGGGAACCUACACGUGCCAAGUCACCUGGAGAGCCAGAAACAACAGCCUGAUAACAAAGGAGAUCAGCACUAAAGUGGAGGUUGUUAAAGUGGCGGCGACCAAGCCCGUCAUCAGGGCCGGCGAGCUGGGGCUGACGGUCCCGGCAGGAGCCAGGACCAGCCUGACCUGUGUGGCCAGCGGGUCCCCUCCCAUCAGCUACCGCUGGUUCAGGAGCACCCCGGGAGGGAAAGCCCAGCUCCGGAGCAGCCAGGCCGAGCUGGCGUGGGACAGCGUGCGGCCCUCUGACGCCGGGAAGUACUACUGUGAGGCAGAAAACCGGGUUGGGGCCGGGGCUGUGCAGCAGAGCAACGCCGUUGAGCUGACGGUGAGAGAUCUGCCCACAACAACAGUGGCCUCUCAGAGGGAUGUCGGAACCUCAGGGAGACACCACCCAACCACAGGUCGAGAUCUGCCCGUAACAGUAGUGACUUCUGAGAAUGGUGUGGGAUAUCCAGGGAAGAAUUAUACGACUCAGAGUUUCCAGAGGACUCACCUGCCCCUGUACCUGGUCAUCCUGAUUGCUGUGGUUUGCAGUGCUGUGAUUUUCCUUGUCAUCUUUCUUAUCAUUUGCAUUAGAAAGCCCAAAGAUGGUAUCUGGUAG